UACUCAGAAUUCUGUGCUCAGGGAUCACGACUGGUGAGCUCAGGAUACCAUAUGGAGGGAGUUCUGGGGAUUGAAUGCAUGCAGGGCAAGUGGCCUCGCUGCUGUAGUAUUUCUCGGGCCCCAUGUUUGUUUUGGUUUGGGGCAUAGCAGGUUGUGUUGAGGAGCCACUCCUGGUGGGCCAGACUAAGAGUACAGUGGGUAGGGCUUUGCCUUGCACACAGCUGAUCCGGGUUUGAUCCCUGGCAUCCCAUAUGGUCCCCCUGGCACUUCCAGGAGUAAUUUCUUAUUAUCACCGGGUGUGACCCAAAGAGCUAAAGAAAAAAAUCCCAAAAAGAAUUACUUCAGGUGUUGCUUGAGGGACCAUACAUAUGGGAUGCCAAGGUUCCAACCAACGUCAGCUGUGUGCGAGCCAAGUGCCUUACCUGCUGUACUAUCUGACCCUAAGUUACUCCUUGCUGUAUCUUAUUUAGGAAAAGCAGAAUUAAUCUUUUUUUCAAGUUCUAAAAAUAAUGAAUUGAUUCUCCAUUAUCAUCAGAAGAUGUCCUAUUGGUUGCCUUUUAAAAUCACCAUAGGGGGCUGGAGUAGAAGUAUAGCCGGGAGGGUGUUUGCUUUGCAUGUGGCCUGCUCAUGUUUGAUUCCCAGCAUCCCAUAGGAUCCCCCAGGCACCGCCAGGAGUAAUUUCUGAGUGUACAGCCAGGAGUAAGCCCUGGGCAUUGCCAGGUGUGUCACAAAACAACAAAUAAGUUAAUGAGGAAGGGAGCAGGGGUGUCCUGUGCCUAGAGUGGGACUGUCACCUUUCACUGUGGGCAAGGAGCUGGCUGACAGUCAACGCCUGCUCUGAGCAUUUGUUUGUUCCAUUAAAGACAGAGCAUCCAGAUAUCCUUUAGCUCGGGUGAGAAGUUGUCAGCACGCUCAUAGUGCCCUGAGGUCAAAGGACGUUCUUUCACCAGAGCUGUCACUUUUCUUUGGCUCAGGCUCAUGCUUCUGCUCAGUUCCAAGUUGCCCUUUAUUUUUUAUUUGUUUUUCUAAUGCAGCUUUAUUUUGGGUUUUGGGCCACGUCCUGCAGUGCUCUGUGCUCAGGAGCGACCCCUGGUGAUGCUCUUGUGGACCACAUGUGCAUUUCCCGUACCUCUUAAUUGGUGCGAUGUGAGCCAAGGUGUGUCACAAAAACAGCAAAUUAGCCUCUGUAUUAUCUCUCUGACCAUAUUUGUUUACUCUUGAUAUCGGGGUAUCAUAAUACGAGUCCACACUCAUAUUAAAGCCCUUAUUGUAUAGUGGCAGAGCUACGUCUGUCCCUCCACCAGUUUCAAGACCUCUCCACCAUUAUUUUAUGAUUUUUAUUUUUAUUUUAUUUUAUUAUUUAUUUAUUUUGCUUUUUGGGUCACACCUGGUGAUGCACAGGGGUCACUCCUGGCUCUGCACUCAGGAAUUACCCCUGGUGGUGCUCAGGGGACCAUAUGGGAUGCUGGGAAUUGAACCCGGGUUGGCCGCAUGCAAGGCAAACGCCCUACCCACUGUGCUAUCUCUCCAGCCCUUAUUAUUUUUAAAAUGUAGGAGUCCUGUUAUUUAGUCAGCCACUGAUCAAGUGACUCUCGUGAACAUGAACUCCACAUUACUUUAAAAAAAAUUUUAAAUUUAAUAUCUGUGGGAUAGACCAUAACAAAGCUGUUCAUGAUUGAGUUUCAGUCAUACCAUGAUCCAACACCCAUCCCUCCACCAGUGUACAUUUCCCACCACCAAUGUUCCCGGUUUCCCUCCCACAAUCUCCCAACACCCCACCCCCCGCCCCCAGCUGCAUCUAUGGCAGGCACUUUUCUUUCUCCUUUUCCUUUUGUGCUUUAUGGUUUGCAAUACAGGUACUAAGAGGUCAUUGUGUUCAGGGCAUUCAGUAUUUGUGUUGGGAAGGAAUGUCUGGAGUAGCUUUAUAACUGGGUGGCAGCUAUGAGAUUUGGAUGUGCCUGCCAAGGUUUCUGGAAGUACAGGGAGGUGGGGGGGAGGUAGCCAACCUCGACCCAAGAAAGCCUGGAGAUUUCAGUCACAAAACCCACAUACCUGAAUUUUCAGCAGAUUAUAUCUCGGUGAGGUUCAUCCUGAGAUGGUGGAGUCCAGCCAGGGGCAUGGAGGUGAUUUUGGAUUGUGGGAGCAAGUGGCUGACUGCCGAGGUCUCUGCUUGGGUGGGUACCAAGUUGACCUGCCUCCGCCACUUCCAAUUUACCUGGGUCUGCUCAGCCUUGUGCGGGUCCUCUGAGAUUAACUUUGGCUUUUUAUCUUUUUCAAGAUUUAUUUAUGGGUUUCUGAAGCAAGGCCGAUAAAUGAGCUUGUGUAGCUGAACCGGAGGGCAUGGCUCCCACUUUUGGCCAUUUCAUUUCUCAGGAAACUUGGUCCUGAGUGGUUGGGGUCUAGCCAGGGCACAGUGGCAAUUUUGGGAUAUCAGGAAGUCUGAAGGCACCAUCCAAUUACUGAUUCACUCGCCUCAUGGGUACAGGUUGACCUGCUGGUGCCACGCACCCCCUCACCAUUAUCUUAUAUUCCCUUUCCCCUCUUCCGCCCCAGUUCCUGCUGAUCUUGUCUUAGGAUUUGUUUCCAUUUGGGGAUUAUCUAAUUCCUUUCCUUAUUUAUAUUCUGCCUGUGAGUGGGAUCAUCUGGUAUUUAUCUUUUACUUUCUGAGUCUUUGCUUAGCAUGAUGCAACUUGGAAUUUGACCUAAGCUGCUACAAUCUGCAAAAUUUCAUCCUUUUCAUAGCUGAAUGGUAUUUCAUUGUUUAUAUAUACCAGUUUGUCGGAUUGGGGUGUAUGUAGGGCCAUAUCAACAGUGCUCAGGAGCUAUUCCUGGCUCUGUGCUCAGGAGUGAUGUCUGGCAGUGCUCAGGGAACCAUGUGUGGUGUCAGGGAUUCAAAACAGUGUCAUUAUUAUCUAGCAGAAGCUUUCGGGCAGGGGUGCUCUCUGGCUAAGUGCGCUGCCAUGAACACUUCAGUUCCAUUCUUCUGUUCGUGUCACCAUGUGAAUGAACAGCAAGAUGAUGCAGUGUUGCCCCUCCCCGCCACCCCACGCCUUCAGCAGACUCGCGUGUCAGCUCCUUGAGGCCUGGGCAGUGAGCCCAGGUGAAGAGCGGAAAGGGCCCGUUGCACCAGGACCCUGCCCUGUGCCCAGCCAGCUGCUUGCAGGCCAGGGCUGGUCACCGGCUCUGCAAGAAGGGCUGGCUGUCCCCUGAUGGCACCGAGUCUCCAUGCGACCACGAGCAAGGGAGUCUGGCACGCCAGUCCCGCACGCCCGGGGACUGGAAAGCAGGGGAUGGGUCCUGGGCCACCAGCCCCACUUGCAGCAGGCAGCAGCCUCUGGUCAAGGUUACUGCACAGGCUGUGCCUACCCCGCUCGUCUGGGAGAGCAGCCUAUGUGACCGACACAGGUGCCUGGACUGUAGCAUCCAGAGCAAACACUGCUGGCUGCGCCUCUGGGAGCAGCACAGGUGGCUGAGAAAGACAAGCAGCACCAUUUUCCCGCCUACCCCGUGACGCCUGGAAAAGGUCACAGCUGCCUAGAUGUUUAAAAUGCGGACAGAACGGGCAUUCCUGUGCCAGGACUCCUAGCCGCAGCAGCUCCUGCAGGAGAGGACCCUGUGGCCUGCAAAGACGCACAUUCCAGGAUGAGGAGUGCUAAGCUGAUAGGGGCACUGCUUGCCCUGGCUGGAAUGCUCCAGGUGGCACUGUCCCUGAAAAUAGCAGCUUUCAACAUCCGGACUUUUGGAGAGGCCAAGAUCUCCAACGCCACCCUCGCUAACUACAUUGUGCAGAUCUUGAACCGCUAUGACAUCACCGUCAUCCAGGAGGUCCGAGACAGUCACCUUAUAGCCGUGGGGAAACUUCUGGACCAACUAAAUAUGAAGGGCCCCAACACCUACCACUAUGUGGUCAGCGAGCCUCUGGGACGCAGCACCUACAAGGAACGCUACCUAUUUGUGUUCAGGCCCGACCAGGUGUCUGUGCUGGACUCAUACCUGUAUGACGACGGCUGUGAGCCGUGUGGGAACGACACCUUCAGCCGAGAGCCCGCCAUCGUCAAGUUCUCCUCCCCGUACACCGAGGUGAAGGAGUUUGCCAUCGCUCCUCUGCACGCAGCCCCUGAUGAGGCCGUGGCCGAGAUCAACUCGCUCUAUGAUGUCUACCUGGACAUCCGGAAGAAGUGGAACUUGGAGGACAUCAUGUUCAUGGGUGAUUUUAAUGCUGGCUGCAGCUACGUGAGCCAAUCGCAGUGGUCAUCCAUCCGCCUGCGCACAAACCCAGCCUUCCUGUGGCUGAUUCCCGACAGCGCUGACACCACAGUGACAACCACCAACUGUGCUUAUGACCGGAUUGUGGUCGCUGGAACCAAGCUGCAGGACGCCAUUGUGCCUGACUCGGCUGGCCCCUUCGAUUUCCAGAGUGCAUACAGGCUAAGCAGUCAGCUGGCCCUGGCCAUCAGUGACCACUAUCCGGUGGAGGUGAUGCUGAAAUAAGCCUGAAGGGCCGGCGGUCAGUCAUGCUCCCAGAGCCCUCCAGACUGAAGCGUCCAACACAGUAAGGCAAUACGAUACCUUUAAUAAAGUUUGAAAGGGA